GGUUGCCCAAGGUCGGCGGGGCAACGACGAGACAUCGUUCGCGCAGGAGCUGCGCAGUCGCUUCAAGAUCACCAACUUCGAAGGGUUGAAGGCGCUUCUGGAUGAUGACGGCCGCGCGGAAGCCUUCCUCACGGACCUGGGCAUGACCCCGCUGAAGAUUAGUCAGGUGCUGGCGGCAGGCCGAGAUGGUGCUGCUGCCUGGGAGGAUCCAGUGCCGCCCGGGGCGCCUGGCGUUGACCUGCCCAAGGAGGGCGUGGGGGCGCCGCCCCGGCGGCAGAGGGCGCGCGACCGCUGGGUGGAGGCGAUGAGCACCAUCCGCGCGGCGAGCUCCGCCCAGGGCGCAGCUGCUGCGCUUGGUCUGGACCUCGUAACUGCGGACCAGCGGGCGCUGAAGAGACUGCUGGAUGCGAGCGGGCGGCUUGCGCCAGCGCUGCGAGAGCUGCGCGAGAAGGCGGUGGACCGCGUGGUGCUGGAGGAGGCGCUGAAGGCGGGCCCUCUCUCGCGGGAGGAGGAGGCGGGCCUGGACGACGAGGAGCCGCUGGUGCAGGCGCGCCCCGU